AUGUGUUGGUGGCACGGGAAGCGACAGGACGGCUGGGACCAGCGUGAGGGCCCUUGGCAUCGCCCGGCGGGUGAGCAUGGAGGCCCUGUCUGCUGGUUCCGGGCGGCCGGCGGUGACGCCAUCCACCUGCGCCAGCCGGCGCGGGGCAGCGGGGGGGGGGGGGCGGCCACGCCUCGGCGCGGUGGCCGCGGCGUCUCCGGCUCGAGUCCUUUGCGACGAUGUCGGCUGCCCCUGGCCGGAACCUCCCGCUGCCUGGCCGCACUCCCCCCGUCCUCCGAGUUCUUCCUCCUCGCCUGCACGCUACUCCUUCCACCCACUUCUUUCGAAAUUCCCGCCGUCUCUCAGACGCCCGGCGCUUUGUCCGUUCCCCUCGGGAAACCGAACAGGGGCCUCCAGCCUCCCUUCUCUCCUCUGCAAAGAGCCACGUUAGCUCCUGAGUCCCGCCCCGCCGCCAGCCAGCCGUGUUGCUUAGACUGGGAGGCUCAGCGGGCCUCCAGGGGAUCCGCUUUCAGCAGCUGGCUCUGCAGGGGAGGCCUGGGUCAUUUUCCCAGCCGCUGUGUUCAAAACCACCCAAAGAAACUGGUGACUGAAAGAACGCUGGGCCUGGCGGAGAUCGAGGCAGGAGAGGAGGGAAGCGGGGAGGCUCUGCCUGGUGGGGAGGGACGCAGAAGGGCGAGGUCCCCUGUGAAAGAGGGGACAACAAGGAUUUCCGCAGUCUGGCCGUUUUGGGGGCAGGCGUUGCCAUGGGAUUUUUCUACUUCUACUUUCAAGAUCGUGGAAGGGAAAUCACUUGGAAGCACUGUGUAUAGUAUUACUUGGCCAGAGGUGGACCGUCUGGAAGUUGUGAACAAACAAUUUGUACGUGUUAUUCCUGCCCCUGGGACGUCUUCUGAGAGGUUCGUGUGGUUCAACAUCAGCAGCGUUGACACCUUUGAGCGGAACCUGGAGUCUGCUUAGUGGGAGCUGGGGAUUGAGCCCACCCACCAGGCAACAGUGGUCUACACCACCGAGAGCGACGGAGUCCCCGGGCACCUUCUCUCCUCCCCAGCGAGCUGAAGAGGAUCAGGACAUUGACCCAGGACUGCGGAGGCUGCUGGGUGACAGCACCUGCUCGGACCUGGGAGUCCCCCCACCCCCACCCCACCCCCGUGCCCCGUCUCCAGUGGUAGGAGCGCGUGGCUGUGAGCAGGUGACCUGGCAGCCGAGUGGGGACAUGCCAUGCAGGGGACAACCUGCCUCCGUCUGAGACAGCCGAGUGUGGUGUCACUGCGUGGCCCCCUGCAGGCCUGGGGGCUGGCCAGGCUGGACGGGACACGGUGUGUGAUUUCCACCUCUCCGCUGGCAUCUGGAACGUGGUUUCAGAGAAUACUUGGAGGGUCAAGUUGCAGCCGGUGUCCUGGCCACCCAGGGGCACAGGAUCUGUGAUCUGGACUCCUCCUGCCUGGUGGUCUGGUCUUUGUUCUGAAAAUCCUCGUGCCCUGGCCUGUGUUAAAGCCGUGAGGAAGGAAAAUGCAGAAGAUGCAACUUUUGCCGUCAAGAACAGUUUUGGCCGGAAGAAUGUGAUAGAAGAUGGGCAACUGAGGCGAAAUGCCAGGGUCAGACGAGGCACCAGCCCCCAGGAGGGGCAAGGUUGAUUUUUGGAAGGUAAACUGUGCAGCCACUGUGGAGAGGCCAGUGUUUCCUCCAGCGGUUAAAUUAGAGUUAGCACACGACCCAGGAGUUGUAUUCCCAGGUGUAUUCCCAAGAGAGAUGAAAACAUUUGUACACACGAAGACUCGUGCAGUUGACCCUUGGACAACACAGGUGAGGACUGUGCAAGGCCACAGACACGUGGAUUCUCUCCCACGUCAGCCACACCCAAGACGGCAAACCAGCCCCUCUCAUUCAUCCUGCCCCUUUGACUGCUCAGAGACAAGGUUGAAGACCUUACGAUAAUCCGCUUCCACUUAGUGAAUAGUUUUUUCUUCCUUACGAUUUUCUUUUUUUUUUUUUUGAGACAGUGUCACUUUGUUGCCCUGGCUAGAGUGAUUGCCGU